GACGGUCGUGUUGUUAAGGUUCUCGCUCAGCCCUUCAACCCAACAACAACAUGGAGCCACUUUUGGCUUAGUUUAGCAUUGCAUCAGUAAGACAUUGUUGCUGAUGCGAUGAGUGGCCAGCCGUGGAAUACCCCAAUAUGGGGCAGCAGAAAGAACUCGCCGAGAGUCCCAGCUUCCAAGCAGCUGUACCCCAGACACCUAGACUGGAGUAGUGUGGGGCCAGGCGUGGAGGUCACCCACACAGUUAAUAAUGCUGCUCUCUCUAGUUCUCAGGAUUUUCGCUUGGCCAACUUCAUGGGACUGAAAAAUUACCUGGGUGGACUAAAUUGGGAUGUCCUGACUAUGGAUCAGAGCAGCAGAUGCAACCUGGUCCACAGCUUACCCCUCAAUCUAUCCAGUAUAGAUACAUGAAACGGAAGGACAUUGAGAAAACAUUUCCCUUAGGGAAGACCCUGGACUUUGCAUAUCCUCUUCUCCAUCCAAAGAAAAUACAGCCAUCUAGGAAAGAAACAAAGCAGGAAAGUGUCUUUGCUGGAAACUGCCUAGAGGUGCUAGAGGUACAUGGAAAAAACUAUGUUAUUCAUCCAGAGUGGAAAGAUGGGCAGGAGCAAAUUAUGCUUUCCAAACUGGAGAAGGGUAUCUAUUGUGGUGAUGAUUACAAAAGAAACAAUUUAUUUUUUAAGUUAAAUAAAUUUGCUUGCCUUCCUCAAGAGAAAACGGUUCUUCAGAUUGUAUCUAAAGAAGUGUACAAU